AUGGCAUCGACAGCAACUUUGAGUGCUGAAAAUGAUGAUUUACUCGAAUCGCAAGAAGCCCCGAAAAAUGAGAAAACGCUUGAUAAUUUUAUGCGGCUUGGCAGAUAUUGUUGGCUGAUUUUAUUAUUUUCCGAAUUUAUGUUAUUGUCUGGAUCAGGAAACACUUUAUAUAUGAUGUAUGCUGGUAAGAGACUGUUUUUGGGGACUCCAAUAGAUUUUAAAAUGUUCUAGGCGCUGCACCUAAACGAGUUGAAUGUGGUAACAUUUAUGAUGUUUGCAAAGAAUCGGAUGAUUUUCGAUCUGUCCUUGGAAAUUGUACAGGUCCAGGUUCAGGAAUAAGAGCACAUUAUGAUUUUCGAUCAAUAAAUGUUGAUUUUGAACAUUAUUGCAAAGAAGGUGAUUGGGUGAAAACAUCAAUUUCAAUUCAAAUGUUUGGAGUUUUAAUCGGAUCAGUUCUAUCUGGAACUGUUGCUGAUAGAUACGGUAGAUUGAAAGUGUUAUCAGUUUGUUUUUUCAUGGUUUCUGGAUUGAGUCUUGUUUGCACACUUGCAAAAGAUCUUCUAACUUUUACCAUUCUUCGAACUAUUUUAUCAGUUUUCAAAGGUGGAUUACUGAGUACUUAUGGUGUUUAUAAGAUGGAACAUGUUCCAAGACAACAUCGAUUUUGGAUUGCAACUAUGAUUAGUUGGGCACCAAAUUAUAUGAUGCUUAGUGUUGUUGCUUAUUUCUGUCAUGACUGGAAAACAUAUCAAUAUGCCAUUUUUGCAUUAUCAAUUCCAGGAGCAAUUGUAUUUUUGUAAGUUCUCUCAAAAUGAAAUUUAAAGAAAACGUUUUUUAAAGAUUUGUACAAGAAUCACCUCGCUGGCUCAUUCAAGCUGGUCGACUUGAUGAUGCUCGCCGAGUUCUACAGAAAAUUCUAGCAAUUGAUGGAGGAGCAAAUGAGCAUUCUUUGGGAAAUAUUGAAGAGCUUAUUGAAAAUGAAAGAGUGAAACAAGAGGAAAGGAUGAGUAAGAGGAAAAAUUAUGAUAUGAGACAUCUUUUCUGGAAUCGAAACAUGACUGGAGUCACAUUGAUUUUAUGGAUUGGAAUGUGAGUUGACUACAAUUUUCUCUUUGUCCAAAACUAAAUCCCCUGAUUUUCUUCAGGUUCUCAACAUCAUUUACUAAUUAUGGAUUCGUUUUUAAUAUCGAAAAACUUUCGGGAUCAAUUUAUGUGAAUGCUUUGAUGAUGGGAUCUCUUCGAUGGACUUUGAAUAUUUUAUUCGGAUUAGCUGAUAUAAAAUUCCCCCGAUUGGGUCGAAAACAAAUCCAUCUAAUCUCGAAAUUGACAAUUGCUCUUUGUGUAUUCAUCAUUUUCCUAACUUAUUUCUUUGAAAUCGAUGAGAAAUAUGCAUUCAUAAUUCGUUUUUCAACAUUACUUGCAUCCGCGACAGCCUCACAAGUUUUUAUCACAAAAACUAUGGUUCUAAUGGAAUAUUAUCCAACUGUUAUUCGAAAUUCAGCAGUGUCAUUCAAAGCUACAGCGAGCAGAUUUGGAACUAUUCUUGGUCCACAGUUAUUUAUUUUGGUAUGAAUUCCAUCCAUUUUUAACUCUAUUUCUAAAAAGUUAUGUUAUUGCAGUGUCCAUACAAAAGUGUACCAUAUGCCAUUUUGACUGGGAUGUGUAUUUUUGAUGCAAUUGCUUUUCAAAUUCAACUACCGGAAACCAAAGGUCGACAACUUCCCGAAACUCUUCCAGACAAGAAACACAAAAAUUUACCACCACUUAUUGAUGAGAAUGUUUUAGCCGCUAACAAGAAAUAA